CCACCCGGCCAGCCGGCCAGCCUGCCUGCGGAGACUCCCGGGUCCCCGCGCCGGACUGGGGCUGGGGCGGGCAGCCCGGCGGAGCGGGCCGGCGACGAGGGCGGCUCCGGGCGUUGCUAUGAGGGCGCCGCGACGCGAGUGAGGAGGAUGCGGCAGGAGGCGGCGCGGCGGAGGCAGGAGUAGGCGGUGGUGCCCUCGGGAGGCAGCCGCGCGCGGGCCAGGCGGCUCCCGGAGGCUCUGCAGUGCCGCCGCCGUCGCCCGGGAGGCUCCGCGCGGGAGCCAUGUAACCCUGCGGCGGGCUCCGGGCUGCUCCGUCCUCCCCCAGCUCCCGGGCUAGCGCGGCAGCGGGGCCACGAUGAAGAAGCAGUUCAAUCGCAUGCGCCAGCUGGCCAACCAGACGGUGGGCAGGGCAGAAAAGACUGAAGUUCUGAGUGAAGACCUUCUUCAGGUGGAGAAGCGCCUGGAGCUGGUGAAGCAGGUGUCCCACAGCACGCACAAGAAGCUCACCGCAUGUCUGCAGGGCCAACAAGGGGCAGAGGCCGACAAGCGCUCUAAAAAGUUGCCUUUGACAACACUGGCUCAGUGUUUGAUGGAGGGGUCAGCUAUCCUGGGAGAUGACACACUUCUUGGGAAGAUGCUGAAACUCUGUGGGGAGACAGAGGACAAGCUGGCUCAGGAGCUGAUACACUUUGAAUUGCAGGUGGAGAGGGAUGUGAUUGAGCCCCUGUUUUUGCUGGCUGAGGUGGAAAUCCCAAAUAUUCAAAAGCAGAGGAAACAUUUAGCAAAGUUGGUGCUGGACAUGGAUUCUUCACGAACCAGGUGGCAGCAGACGUCCAAGUCUUCAGGCUUGUCCAGCAGCUUACAGCCUGCCGGGGCCAAAGCCGAUGCCCUCAGGGAAGAAAUGGAGGAGGCUGCCAACAGAGUGGAGAUUUGCAGGGACCAGCUCUCAGCUGACAUGUACAGUUUUGUGGCCAAAGAAAUCGACUAUGCAAACUACUUUCAAACGCUGAUAGAAGUGCAAGCUGAAUACCACAGGAAGUCCCUGACACUACUGCAGGCUGUGUUGCCUCAGAUAAAAGCACAACAGGAGGCCUGGGUGGAGAAGCCUUCCUUCGGGAAGCCCCUGGAGGAGCACCUCACCAUCAGUGGCCGGGAGAUCGCCUUCCCCAUCGAGGCGUGUGUGACGAUGCUGCUGGAAUGUGGGAUGCAGGAGGAGGGGCUCUUCCGAGUGGCUCCCUCUGCCUCCAAGCUGAAGAAGCUGAAAGCGGCACUGGACUGCUGCGUGGUGGACGUGCAGGAGUACUCGGCAGACCCCCACGCCAUUGCAGGAGCUUUGAAAUCUUACCUCCGAGAGUUGCCGGAACCUCUGAUGACCUUUGAACUCUAUGAUGAGUGGAUCCAGGCUUCUAACAUCCAGGAACAAGACAAGAGGCUUCAGGCUCUGUGGAAUGCUUGUGAAAAAUUGCCCAAGGCCAACCACAACAACAUCCGAUACUUGAUCAAAUUUCUCUCCAAGCUGUCAGAAUAUCAAGAUGUAAACAAGAUGACUCCCAGUAACAUUGCCAUUGUCUUAGGACCCAACCUGUUGUGGCCACAAGCAGAAGGGAACAUCACCGAGAUGAUGACCACAGUUUCGCUGCAGAUUGUUGGGAUCAUUGAACCUAUCAUCCAGCAUGCAGACUGGUUCUUCCCUGGGGAGAUAGAGUUCAACAUUACAGGCAAUUAUGGGAGCCCGGUACACGUGAACCAUAAUGCCAACUACAGCUCCAUGCCCUCCCCAGACAUGGACCCUGCCGACCGGCGCCAGCCCGAGCAGGCCCGCCGGCCCCUCAGCGUCGCCACGGAUAACAUGAUGCUGGAGUUUUACAAAAAGGAUGGCCUUAGGAAAAUCCAAAGCAUGGGUGUGAGGGUCAUGGACACAUCGUGGGUGGCUCGAAGAGGCUCCUCGGCCGGUCGGAAAGCGUCCUGCGCGCCGCCCGCCGUGCACCCGCCUGCGCCGCCCGCGGAGCUCGCUACGCCACUGCCGUCGCCGCUGUCGCUGCCAGAGCAGCCCCCGGACAGCCCCGCCGCCGCCGCAGCGCCCCCUGCCGGCCUUGGCCUGCAGCCCCCCUGCGCCGAGCGGACCAGCACGUCUAAAAGCAAGGAGCUUUCUCCAGGGUCUGGGCAGAAAGGAAGUCCAGGAUCCAGCCAGGGGACAGCCUGUGCAGGGACACAGCCAGGGAUGCAACCGGGCACCAGCCCCAGCCAGUCACCUGCAGACCAGAGUCCUCACACCCUCCGGAAAGUUUCAAAGAAGCUGGCACCAAUUCCACCCAAGGUCCCCUUUGGCCAGCCAGGGGCUAUGACUGACCAGUCCUCCAGCCAGCCGUCCCCCGUCAGCCUGUCACCUACCCCGCCGAGCACCCCGUCACCCUAUGGACUGAGCUACCCUCAGGGGUACUCCUUGGCCUCGGGCCAGCUCUCCCCGGCUGCCGCUCCCCCCCUGGCUGCUCCUUCCGUCUUCACAAGCACUUUAACCAAAUCGAGGCCCACUCCUAAGCCCCGACAGAGACCCACUCUGCCACCUCCUCAGCCUCCCACAGUAAACCUCGCGGCCUCUAGUCCACAGUCCACGGAGCACCCCCUGCUAGAUGGCAUGUCCCCUGGGGAAAGCAUGUCCACAGAUCUUGUCCACUUUGAUAUCCCCUCCAUCCACAUAGAGCUCGGAUCAACACUCCGCCUGAGUCCCCUGGAGCACGUGCGGCGACACUCGGUGACUGACAAGAGGGACUCGGAGGAAGAGUCUGAGAGCACUGCCCUCUGACGUGGCACCCCGUCCCCGACAUGCGUGUACAUACAUACAUACAUGGGCCCUGGAAACACGCCGCAGGAGCGCCGUCUGUGAGCUUGCCAAGUGUUCUCCGCUGGCUCUCGGCUGUCACUGCCAACGGGAGGGUGCAGCUUGGCAGAAAAUUUUGGUCUCCAGUCUGUGUAGCAGAUGGUGGUGGUGCAGAUUGUUCCUUUCAAAUGGUGACUUCGGCCUUUUGUUUGACCUUUGCCUUUUGACUUUGUGCCUAUUUUGAUCCACAUUCAGCCUCCAUGCCAAGCAACACCCACCUCUCCACCCACGGGCUUGCUUGUCAGAAAUGUCCUUUGCAGGGUGGGGGUUGCGGAGGAGGGUUAAGCUACCUGGUUAGACCCAAGGGCUGCUAAAGUCAGAUCCUGCAGGAUCAGCUUAAUGGCUACAGAAGAGAAACAGGACGGUAGGGGACCCUUUUACUUACAGCUGGACUAGGUCUGGAAUUCAGAAGUCCUGGGGCAUUGACCUUUGUCUGCUGCUCAGGGGAGAGCCAGCCAGUUAAUCCUUUUAGGCUACUCUUGAUCAGAGGGCUCCAAAGUAAAUGGCUUAAAACAAAAUGUUUCACUUAAGUUUUAUUUUUUCCCCCACUGUGACUGAAAGCUCCCUUUACCUUCAAUCAUUUCCUACUUCUGAAUUUCAGAAAUGAUCUGGACAAUGUCUGGAUACCCCAAAGAUAGCUUCCAUGCCCCUGCGAAAACAUUAGCUGAGUAAUUCCACCCCUCCAGGCACCUUGAAGCACCCAGCUCAUUAGGUGUGUGGGUUCCUGAAGCUUGUCUCUUCUUUCCAGAGGUUACAACUGAAUAGCAAUAAUUCUGUUCCCCGAAGCACAUGGAGGAAAAUGGAGGCAGCCCACUGUGACACCGGCCCCUGCACAUGGCCUGCAGUGUGGCCAGCUUUGCUCACCAGCAUCCACCUCUUGUCCCUCCUCACGAAGUUCCACCUAGUCACGGGGAGGAGGGGAGCCACUGGGGAGCCCAUUUUCACUUUGGGAUUAAGGGAGUGAGAAACAGAUUUGGGCCAUGCAUGCAAAGUCAGAGUUUAAAAUUUUAUCCUUUUAAAAUAGAUAUAAUAUACCUAUACAUGAUAUAAUAUUUGUACAUAUGAAAUCUCUCUAUAUUUGUUUAAUUUGAGCCAUUCAAUCUAAACUGAUGUACAGGUGUACAAUGAAAAAUUUAAAUGCUCAGUUUUUCCCAGCAGUGUGAAGCUGUCCUCUGAGAGGGACUGCAGACUUCUGAUGUUACAGCUUUGCUCACUUCCUGGCAAGGGCAGUUCAAUCCCCAAUCUGUAAGAGCCUGGGGGUUGAAAGUUAUCUUUAAAUACAUGUACAAAGCGUUGUCAAAAAUAAUGUUAUUAAAAUAGAUUUAUUAUCCCUGA